AUGGGUGCGUGUCGGGAAGCGCUGAAAGAGAGCGGGGAUUUGGACGAGGCUGUGGAAUGGUUGAAGAAGCGUGGUGUGCGAUCCAUGGAGAAGCGUGCUGCUGAAUCCAUGGAAGCACUUCUCUCCCUGGGCCUUGACAAAAACGGUGUCAUCGUGGAGUUAAGGGCUGAGACGGAUUUCGUGACUCGGAACGAGCUCUUCCAGCAGACCCUGAGGCACCUGGCGAAGAUGCUCGUAGCAGAGCCCGAGAUAGCCGACGCUGGUGUUGAGGCCAUGCUUGUCCCCUUCGUUGCCUGCAAAUUGUCAUGCUCUGUCUCACCAGGCUGCGCUGGCCAUGAGAGUUACAGAUGGUCCGGAGAGACCUUCGUCCACGCCCAAGACCGGAUAAGACCCUGUUGA